UUGCUUAUAAAAGCAAAAAAAAAUAAUUUUAUUGUUGCAGUCGCUGAAGAUUUUUAUUCAAGUAUUAUGGUUGUGUUACAAGUACUGAUCGGUUUAUGCUUGAUAGCAUCGUCCUGUUGUACAUCAUGCAAAUGCAAAAUCAAGAAGCAAAAUGAAUGUACCGAUACCGAAGUAUUCCUAACCCAUGAUCCAUAUCAAUGCCAGAGUACAUGUGCCAUGUAUGGAGUCAGUGUUAGUUGUAAGGAGAAUUAUGCUCCAGCUGGUGAUUGCUACUGCAAACCCGAAUUCGCAAGGUAUUACGACUGCGGACCGUGCAUUCCUUUGUGGAGUAAAAUUUGCCAAAAAUUGGGAGAGAACGUGAUUCCAUCCGAGAAGCUAUGUGCAGAAAGGCAAAAUGAACAAUUCAGCGCAUCAGGUGGACGAGGGUGUAGAGACACGUGCAUAGACUAUGACACAAAAGAAUGUAUGCUUACAAUUAUGCCAGUGCCAGCCCCAUACGUUCCCGUGUGCGAAUGCAAAGAAGGCUACGCUCGACUUCCGACUGGUGAAUGUGUUGAGGUCUCUUCAAACGAAUGCUAUGAAUUUUAUAAGCCAACGCCUGAAAGAUGCGCAAAACUAGGAAAGCUGUACAGUCCCUUCGGUUCCGCAUGUCAACAGGGAUGUGACGACUACGACCCAAAAUCGAAUAUGUGCCUACAACCGCAACGUCCGAACCAACAUAUUGCAAAUAAAAUGAUUUUACGUGAAGCAUGCUAUUGUCCAUUAGGAAAAGUGGUGGAUUAUCUGGGAAGAUGUAUCCCAGUAGAAUCAUGUCCCGUAAAACCAAGAGUACUCUGAGGCUGAUUUAUGCCGUCAAAUAAAAGUCUGUUUCGCAAA